CCCAACUUUGACAGGGCAAGUUUUAUCUUUCCAUUUGGAAGAUGAUAGUGUUUCCGUUUAUAUAGUCGAAGAACUUUUCAGUUUACAGUUUGAAUGCACAACGUCUCACUCUAUUUCACUCUUUUCGUUGGAAUCACUCAGCAAUUGAUCGUUGUUCAUAUUUUGUAUCUUCCUUUCAUCAUAGUAUAAUAUCCGACAACUAUCGUCUCAUCUUACCCUUCUGUUUUCUAAUCAGAGUCCAAUAAUCUGAUUAAACGCACGCGCUUUUCCAGUCUUCGAAAUCACUACCAUUGACCUAAGGCCACAUCAAGAAAGGUUUAUUGAAAGUAGUUUUUCUACCUGCCCAGACUUGCGGUCUCAGCCAACAAGUUUUUUCACACCUUUGCCUUUAGCCUGAAUUUCUGUGACACGUCCCCUCGUAUUGGAAAGAAGAAAAAACCUGUCAGCACAUCAUCACUGCAGAGUUGACUUUGCUUCUCAACCAAGUUUUAAAACGCGAUAACGCCACUAAAGCUCGUGGCCUUUCCCGAUCAUAAGCCACUUCGUCCGUUCAUUUGCACUUCCGCGUCAAUAGCGAUAGGCGGUUCAUACUCCUGGAUCACUUCGUUUGAAUUGGAUUUCGAGUACCUCUUCUAUAUUCUCUGAUUAGACUUUGAGCUGUAGUUUUAGACCUCUGCCAAAAUGACGACCAAGAUUUCCAACAGAUCCCGAUCAUGCGAUCAGAAGCGGGAGAAAUCCUUACUGACGUCACCGGCCAGCAGUAGCAAAUUGUCAGGUAAAUUUGAGUCUGAACGGAUACCUACUGAAGUAUGGUUUCGGAUAUUCUCCUUUGUGAUUGAAUCUGCUUGCCGGCACGAGGAAGUCGACCACUUCCACUUGGGUUGGAGGGAUGAAGUAGAAACGCUGAUCGAUGUAGAAGAAAGGUCGAAAGCCCUUGCCCCUAUUCGCCUUGUAUCCCGUCAUUGGCUUCAUCUCAGUACCCCGCUGUACUUUCAAAAGCUUUUGGUCCCGAACCGGAAUGAUGAAGUCUACUCGGCAUAUAUUCUUCGCCUAACGCAUUUGUUAGCCGCUUCACCGCCGCCACGCGUUCCAAGAGGGCACAAAGAUAUCCCUUAUGGCCAACACGUUCGAGAAAUAAUCAUCAAGAUCACCAAUCCUUGUGCAAUCUCAGAUCUUCUUCUUUCCAUCCAUCAACUUGUCCCACACGUCGUCCAAUUAUCCUCGCUGCGUCUUAGUCAGCUACCGAGCUUACUCAGUCCUGCAGUCGUGUUUCCCCGAUUGAAUUCUUUAAGUGAGCUCAGCGCAGUAACGAUCCCGACCCCUUCGGCUACCUUUUGUCGCCAUAUGAAUGGCCCGUCGCCAAUCGCAGUCGAGGAAAGCUUCCUUAGCCUUGUGAAUCAUCAUCCGCUUUUACAAAGACUUUCUUGCCGGGGCUUUCGAUUAGACUCUUCUCGCUUCAUCGAUAUACUCCGCUCGAGCUUGUUAUCUGUUCCUCUAGUUGAUCAUCUAAAUACCUCAGCGUUAGAAUUUUCAGGUCUUCGAUCACUUCAUUUCGGACUGGAUUGUGUCUUGGAUCUUGAGCUACUAAAGCGUCUUCCAAGUGCGACACCGUUUUUAGAACAAUUACACGUAGAUGCUGGCUGUCGGAUCAUAGACGAACAAAAUGUUACUGGAGGCGUGGACAGAUGGAAUAUUCUGAAGCUCGUCGGAGCACUUCCAAGCCUAUCAAAAUUCAGUCUUAUUGGCCGCCAGUCACUUCCUAAUCCGGAAAUGGACUGGUGGGAGUGCGAAGAUAUUUUAAAGGUUGGCAAGAAUUUGAAGCAGUUGAAUUUGAGGAUAGGCUCAACGGGAGAGGGAAUUUUAAGUGACAUGCAGCAGCUGAAAGGGCUAAACAUAUGGCACAACUCACAUGUUCACGGUUACGAAGGAUGGGGCAUCAUACCCAUCAAACACACUGUUGAAGUUGGAAACCUUGGACGUGCACUAUGUCGGGCAGGGCUAGCGUGGCCUAGUGACGAGAAUGGAAGGAAAGACAUCUGGUUGAAGCUAAAAUCAUUAACAUCAUCACUGCAUCACAUAAAUUCCAGCUCACAGAGGUCUAGUUUUUCAUAGAAACACUAAGCUUCUUAUGCGAUUGAGAGACUCAUCUUCAUUGUCUAUGUACUACAAUCAAUUUUUGGAAACUGCAUCAACUUAAUCUGGAUCUUGUCAAAUGUAUCGGAUUGCAAUCACAUUGGGGGGUCUAUAUGUCUCAAUUCUGAACGUCGCGUAGCACAUGAGUUCUUUUCAUUGAUUUCAUAUCUUCAUUUCAGUCUCUCUUCAUUGUAAAUAUGUUUACUUUACCAUCCAUCAUUAGCAUGUAUCAUUCUACCUUGAAUCGUUUACAAUACUUAUCGACCACGAUUUUAUCAGACCACGUCAUAGGUCAAGGAAGCCGUGUUUGGCUUCAAUCACCAUACUCUUGUUCGAUCCUGCCGUCCAUAUUAAUUGUUAUCCAUAUUCAUGUAAAGCAAAGUUGCAGGUAGGAGCUUUUU